AAACAGAUUGUAACUUGCUAGCUAGCACUCUCCGGACCGGGUUGUAAUGGCAACUGACUGGAUGGAACAUCAACAGCAACUUUUGUAAUUUAUUUGAAGGAAGUUUCAAUUAAGGAGGUUUUACACAAACCUUGAGGAAAUUAUUUCUAAUGUGAGAAACAAAUUUUCGGUCCGAAAAUGUCCCAGGGAUGUACAAUUUCUGUGGAAGAGAUCCAGUCUUGGUGGGAAGUCCCCGCCAUAGCCCACUUCUGUUCGCUGUUCAGGACUGCAUUCAACCUACCAGACUUUGAAAUUGAGGAGUUGGAAGAGGCGCUACAGAAGCAGGACACAGACUUUCUGGCUGACCUCCUCGUCUCACUGCUGCAAGGAUGCUACCAGCGCACAGACAUCACUCCCCAGGCGUUCAGCAGUUAUCUGGACGACAUCAUCAACUACCGCUGGGAGCUGGAGGAGGGGAAGCCCAACCCCCUGCGCCAGGGGCCCUUUGAGGAGCUGACCCCGCGCACACAGGUGGAGCUGCUGCACAGGCUGUGUGACUACCGCCUGGACGCCGCAGACGUCUUCGACCUGCUCAAGGGCCUGGAUGCGGACAGCCUGCGCGUGGAGCCGCUGGGGCAAGAUGGGAGCGGUGCCCUCUACUGGUACUUCUAUGGUACCCGCAUGUACAAAGAGGAGCCGGUCAAGAGGAAAGCGGAGCAGCUCGAUGAAGCCCCUGAGAUAAAACCAACAGAGAAGAGGAAAAGGGGAAGACCACCAAAGAAGAAAGUGGAGGAAAUCCAGCUAAGUGAGGUGGAGAGCGAAGUGAAGGAGAAUGGACUGGAAGGUCUACACUCAGGCACAGACCGGGAGCGCGGUGCCUGGUCCUUGAUGUGUGACACGGAGGAGCAGUGGGCCAGUCUGGCCGAGAGCAUCAGAGACAAAACGUCCCCCCAGGACCGCCACCUCUACCGCAUCAUCAGCCAGAACUUCCUCCCUGAGAUCAGCAGCAUGAUCGAGCACAAGGUGAAUGAGCAGAAGCAGAGGCUGCUGGACCCCACCCCAGUACGCAGCUCUUACCGGCUCUCUGAGAAACGCAUGAGCCAAGAGGAGGAGGACACGCUGCAGGCCAUAGCCAAUAGGGAGCAGCAGAAACAGAAGGAUGAGGACAUGGACAGGCAGGCCCUGCUGGUGGAGCAGAGACGAGAAGAGGAGAUGCUGCUGCAGGAGGAGCGCCAGAGAGAGGAGCUGGAGAGACUCCAAGCUGUGGAAGAGCGAGCGCGGCGGCGGAAACUGCGUGAGGAGAAGGCCUGGUUGAUAUCCCAGGGGAAGGAACUGCCCCCCGAACUGCUGCACCUGGAGCCCCACUCACCCAUUCGACGCUCCCGCAGGACAAAAGAGUUCUAUGAAAUUGAUGAUGAUUAUACGGCGUUGUACAAAGUGUUGGAGGCCCUGAGAGCCCACAAAGAUGCCUGGCCCUUCUUGGAGCCUGUGGAUGAAUCCUAUGCCCCCAACUAUAAUGCGGUCAUUCAGACUCCGAUGGACCUAUCCACCAUCGAGACUAAGCUGAAUGAAGGGGAGUAUAUUGCCAAGGAAGAGUUUGUGUCUGACAUGAAGCUCAUAUUUGAAAACUGCAUCGAGUACAAUGGGGAAGACAGCGAGUACAGCAUCAUGGCAGAAUCCCUGGAGCGUUGUUUCAGCCGGGCGCUACUGAAGCACUUCCCGUCGGAGGACGGCGACACGGACGAGGAGUUCCACGUGAGCGGCGAGGACCGUGAGAGAGACCGCAAGGAGAAAAGGCGAAGCAAAGGCAACAAACAGGCAGGGCCAGAAAGCUUGAUCCGAGCCACCGAGCAGGCCUCACGCAAACGGACACAUCCAGGGGGCAAGGGCAGCACCCCAAUGGAGGAGGAGGGGAAUAAGCCAGCACAGCCACCUCCUCCCCCCCACUGGGCCAAUGGACCCCCACACCCCCAUGGCAUACCUCAUGGACAACCCCAUCCUGGGAACCUUUACUACCCAGCACAGCAGCAGCUCCAGCACCCCCCUAAUGCCCACGGCCCACACAUGUACGGCCAGAGGAUGGACCCCGGCUACGCCUACCCUGGACAGGGACACAUGCCCCGGCCUGGGGAUCCCAAUGCUCAUCACAUGCCUCAACAUUACAGCAUGCAGCCACACAUGCGUGAUGGACACCACGUUGGCCAUGGAUACCAAAUGGGGCUUGAUGGCCGGCCUCUUCAGCCACAGCACCACCGGCAGCAGCACCCCUACAUGGGUCCCACCCAUGGUCCCUCACUGGGCCCCCGUCCCGUGGCCCUCCAGUCUGGGGGCCUCUGCACCCCCAUGCCCGACAGCAGCAUGUACUUGUCCCGCCAGCGCACCAACGGCCAUCCCCUACACCCCGGAGGGAACUGCUACCCCGGGCCUGACAUCCCACCACGACACAACUACCCAGCCUUCCAUCCAGGCAUGGGCAUGCCUCCUAACAUGUGGUCAGGGAUGAACCACCAAGGCCAGGAGAGGCCCAGUGGACCUGGGAAAAAAGUGCAAAAUAUGGCUAACCACCAGCAGCUCUCUUAUAACCCCGGGGGACCUCGUCCCAUGGGCCCCAAACCCUGGCCAGAGCAGCCUGGGGGCCCCGGAGGGUACCCCUCUCAUCCCAAUGGACCCAUGGCCCUGCGGACCCCCAUGCCUCAUCAGGACUCCAGGCAGUGUCUGGCCUCCAUGCUGGAGAGCCCAGAGAUGAUUGCCCUGCAGCAGCUGUCUGCCUCUUCCACCGGACUCUCUGCUGGCUCCUCUCACCAGGACAUGGGCAACUUCCAGCAGCAGCCCCUACAGGGUGUUGGCAGCGCCCCAACUCACCCCUCGCAGUACCACCCUCCCCCUGAAAUUCAGCUGCUGCGUCCUGCCAGAGACAAUGGCCCGGACAGCCAGGCUGCCCAUCACGCAGAUUUGAAGCCGAAAGGGUCCACGUCAGAUCCCAAAACAUCCAACAACCAUGCAGGAGCUCUGGUAACCCCCGUCCCAUCUGAACAGGAACGCACCUCGUUCCCCCGUCCCACAGAGCCUCCCAGUCGCCCCACUCGGGGCAUGCAGAGCCCCUCUGCUCCAAACUGGGGCAGAUCACAGGAGAGGGUUAGCGGGACCCGGGAGCAGGCUGCGUCUGGGCUGGGACUCCCACAGAGCUCAGAGACAAACGACAACCAAGAGGGGGAGAGCAGAGGACAAUCUGUCAGCCAGACUCCCCCUCAGAACAACCCUUCCAUUGUUCAUCCUCCUCACCCCCACAAUGCACCUCGCUCCCAGAACUCUCAUCACUCCCAGAAUCCUCCACAGCAUAUUACCCAGAGCCCCCCCCAGCAAAUCCUAGAGAAUGCCACUCGUCUUCAGAACGCCCAUCAACACAAUACCCAGAAUGCACAGCAACAAAACAUCCCUCAACAUAUCACUCGAAAUGCCCCACAGCAAGGAUCCCAAAACCCCCACCAACAAAACUCUCAGAACACACCUCCACAUGUGGCGCAGAAUGUUCCUCAACCAAUCUCCAUGCAUGGAAUGCCACAGAGCGACCCCCAGGGGGCCCAGCCUGGCCCCGGUCCAUCCCAGCCAGCACCUCUCACCUCCCUGCCCCCCAGCCACCCUGUGUCCCAGUUGCCUCCCCAGCCCAGCCCAGAUGACCAGAGGCCAAGCGAGCCCACUAGCAGGAGGGACUCUGGAGGCAGUUCUGGUAACUCCAGCAUGAUGAAGUCUGGACCUCCAAAUGGCAUCUAUAAACAACAGACGUUCAGUCCCAAGGCACAACAGACACAACCCGGUAACCAGGGGCCAAGGGGACCGGCACCUGGUCACAACCCAGCCAUUCCUCUCCACUCCCAGGGCCAGGACAAUGGAGCCAUGCGUCAAUAUGACAUGGGCAGCCCAACACAUCUGCACUAUAGUCAACCUAUGGGCAAACCCAUGCCCCCUUCAAAUCAACAGCCUUACCCGAACCAACCUGUUCCCCAGACCAUGAACCCCCACCAUAACUCUGCCGGCUACCCCACCUACCACCAGCAAGGAGCUGCCUAUCCAUACCACAUGGCCCAGCAGCAGCAUCCCCAGGGCCACCCUAACAUGUACCCCCAGUACCAGCAGCAACACUUCUACCCCCAGCCCCCGGGCAACAUCCGGGGGGGCUACCCCUCCGAGGAGUGGCACAGGCAGCAGCAGUACCAGCCCCGCCACCCCAUGCCCUCCAACACCUACCUGCCUGCAACUAGUGCCAACGUCAAUGGGCGCCUGAAGGAGGGCAGCAGCAUGGGCUCCCCCCUGGGCUCUGAAGGCUCCGCGGGCAGCCUGAUGUCCCCCAAUCCCCUGCCCGAGGGCCCCCGUGGAGGAUCUGUAGAGAAGGAGAGUAUGGAGGCCGGCAGCCCUGUGAAGCAUCAGCCUGCUCGGGUGGAGGAGAGCUCAGAGCGGCCAGAGAGCCCCAAAGAGAUCCUGGACCUGGACAGCCACAACGCUGCCGCACGCCGCCGGAGUGCCCAGCCUCCACCUCACGUGGCCAACUUCCUGUACGAUUCCCGAGCGGUGCAUACUGGGAUGCAGCAGGGCGGGGCCCCGCCUCCCCACAUUAUGUCCCAUGCUCCAUACCCCAACCAGCCAGGUUACCCCAGUGGACACUAUGCCCCCAGAGACCCCACCCCCACCUCAUGGAAGCCCUGCACCGGCCCCAGCACCUUCCCUUUCCCCGGGGCAGACCCGCAUGGCCAUGUACAGACAUCCCCAGGCCGGAGGCCACUUCCAGGGCAUGAUGGUCCAGCAGAGAGGCCUGGCGCCCGAACACUUCUUUCACCCAGGGCAGCAGAUGAUGUCUCCCAGUGGUCCCAGCAGUAAACAGGGAGUUUGAGCAACUCUGUGGGCGCAGGGUGACGGACAAAAGCAACAAACACCUGUACACAAAGCAGUGGCUGCAUUUCAUCCAUCCAUGACGAUAACCUGUGUGGUUGCCUGUGUGUCUCCUGUCAUACGCCUUUAAAUGUGACUGUGCUGUUGGAACCAUGAUGUUCUCUGCUGUGGAGCGGCUCAAAAUGGAGUCUUGGCCGUUGUCUUUUCUCUGUCUGUCUGUGUCAAGGGGCACCAGUAACUACUGCUCUCACUGCAUCAGACAGAAGAUAUGCAGUGUGUGCAGACAAGGGAAACAUAUUUAUUUGAGAAUCUCUUUAGGGAAUGAGUUCUUUGCCCCUCGGGCUGUCUGCUUCAUGUGGAACCCUCACUGAGACUGCCUCUAUGCAGAGACAUGGCUCUGUCUGCCAGUGGACUUCCAGUUCAGACUGUGUGUACAGCUGGUCCCUUCCUGCAAGAACAUCUGGAGAUCCUGCUCCUCUGUCUGCAGCCUCACACUGGUUGGACAAAGCUACUGGUCAUUGGGUUUUGUCUGGAGGAAGGCUCUUCCCCUGAAUAUAGCUCUCCUAUGGACCUCCAGCCCCUUCGGUCCUGUCCAAACCUCUACAGAAGAGAAAAAUGGAUCCGGUGAUGAGAAGAGGGGGCUGGUGUUUAUUGUUUCUUUGGGGGUUUUUCCCCAAACGUUUUUAAACUCAGGUGUAGAAAAGGAGGAACUUUAAGAUUGAAGAGAAGCCGUCAUCAGAACCCUGUCGACAGACGGGCCUUGCCGUUUACUUUUUGUUGAAUGUAUGUGUGAAUGAUAGAUAUAGACCUGCAGAGAGCCUUCUCUGUUAUGCACUAGGGAUAGUCUACACAUACUGGAGUGGCCUUGGAAUUUUUACGUUGGUGCUUGUUUUAUAUAUAUAUAUAUAUUAGUCGAAGUUGGAAGUUUACAUACACCUUAGCCAAAUGCAUUUAAACUCAGUUUUUCACAAUUCCUGACGUGUUUAAUCCUAGUAACAAUUCCCUGUCUUAAGUCAGUUAGGAUCACCACUUUAUUUUAAGAAUGUGAUAUGUCAGAAUAAGAUAGAGAACAAGGUAGAGAAUGAUUUAUUUAUUUUGUCACAUUCCCAGUGGGUCAGAAGUUUACAUACACUCAAUUAGUAUUUGGUAGCAUUGCCUUUUCAAUUGUUUAACUUGGGUCAACCGUUUC